GCUGUCACAGGCACACGGGCAGGGGCAGCUAAGAGCGAGCUGCGCUGCUCUGCUUCCCCGGGCGGGGGGAAAGGAAGGCUGCUGCUGCGAGUGCAAGCUGGCAGGAUCAUGACAGAGCCAAGCAGCAGAAAAGAGGGAUUUAAAAAAUGCCGGAGUGCCACUUUCAGCAUCGAUGGCUAUAGCUUCACAAUCGUUGCGAAUGAGACAGGUGACAAAAAUGCACGACUGCUCUCCCGGUUUGCCCGUUCUAAAUCACAAAACUGCUUGUGGAACACCAUUAUCGAUGGGCUGACUGGCAACCUCAAGGAAAGGCCAAAGCCGACCAUCAUCAAUGACCCUAGACCUCCUGAAGAAAUCCUAGCGGAUGAACUACCACCUGUAGACAGUCCUGAAGCACUGGUGAAAACAUCUUUCAGGUUGCGGUCUUUGGUAAAGCAGCUAGAGAGAGGGGAAGCUUCAGUUGUAGACCUAAAGAAGAACUUGGAAUAUGCUGCAACUGUUCUUGAGUCAGUAUAUAUUGAUGAAACUAGGCGUUUACUGGACACAGAAGAUGAACUCAGUGACAUCCAGUCCGACUCCGUACCCUCAGAGGUCCGGGACUGGUUGGCUUCUACCUUCACGCGGCAAAUGGGGAUGAUGCUCAAAAGGACAGAGGAAAAACCCCGUUUCAGGAGUAUUGUCCAUGCAGUACAAGCUGGGAUAUUUGUGGAAAGAAUGUACAGACGGACUUCAAAUAUGGUUGGUUUGAGCUACCCACCAGCUGUAAUUGGAGUGCUAAAGAAUGUAGACAAGUGGUCCUUUGAUGUAUUUGCACUAAAUGAUGCCAGUGGGGAUCAUGCACUGAAAUUCAUUUUCUAUGAACUUCUCACACGCUAUGAUCUGAUCAACCGCUUCAAGAUCCCCAUUUCUGCCCUGGUGUCCUUUGUGGAAGCUUUGGAGGUUGGCUACAGCAAACAUAAAAAUCCUUACCACAACCUGAUGCACGCUGCAGAUGUGACACAGACGGUCCAUUACCUCCUUUUCAAGACAGGCGUAGCACACUGGCUGACAGAACUGGAGAUCUUCGCUAUGAUCUUUGCGGCUGCCAUCCAUGACUAUGAGCACACUGGAACCACCAACAACUUUCACAUCCAGACGCGGUCAGACUCAGCCAUUCUAUAUAAUGACCGGUCCGUGCUUGAAAAUCACCACGUUAGUGCAGCGUAUCGUCUUUUGCAAGAUGAUGAAGAGAUGAAUAUUUUAUCUAACCUCUCAAAGGAUGACUGGAGGGAAUUCAGAGCUCUAGUGAUUGAGAUGGUGUUGGCCACCGAUAUGUCCUGUCACUUCCAGCAAAUCAAAGCCAUGAAGAAUGCUUUGCAGCAGCCAGAAGGAAUUGACAAGCCGAAAGCCUUAUCGCUGUUGCUGCAUACAGCAGAUAUCAGUCAUCCAGCCAAGGCCUGGGAUCUCCAUCAUCGCUGGACCAUGUCCCUACUAGAGGAGUUCUUCAGACAGGGUGACAAAGAAGCAGAACUAGGGCUUCCCUUCUCUCCACUGUGCGAUCGCAAGUCUACUAUGGUUGCUCAGUCUCAAAUAGGUUUCAUAGAUUUCAUCGUGGAACCCACUUUUACUGUGCUGACUGACAUGACUGAGAAGAUUGUGACUCCGCUCAUUGACGAAGCUUCCCGUUCUGGCAUGUCCGGGUUCAGGCGUUCCAGUCUGAAUAGCAUUAAUCCCUCUGAAGUUAAAAGAUCAAGUGUCAAGAGCACUGGGUCCGAAGGAAGUGCCUCACUCAACUGCUCCAUACUCACUGUGGAUUUCAAAUGUUUUAAAGCCACCUGGACUGAGGUGGUGCAGCAGAACCGGGAGAAAUGGAAAGCGCAAGCCACCAAAGAAGAAAAAGCUAAGAAAGAAGCAGAGGAAAAUGCUCAUCAGGGAACAGAUGAAAAGAAAACAGAUGAAAAAGAUGAGAAGAAGCCAGCUGAAGAUACCACAGCAGCAAAGACAGAGAACAGCAAAGAACCAAAUCCGGGGGAAAACAAAAGCACAGAUUCCAACAAGAAUCAUGCAAAUGGGACUCGGCAAACUGGGGUGAACAAACACGAAGCCUCUCAAGAGAAAAAUGCACCUAGGACAGAUAAGGGAAUGGACUCUCAUCAUGCAGUGGGAGAUGAGAAAGAGCAUGUCCAUAAUGGUGAAUUAAAGGAAGACAGUAAGUUGGACAAAAAAGAUCAGUCCAGUGUGGGGGAUGAAUCAAAGAAAACAGAUGGUCCAGCACGAUGUUCAGCUGAUUUCCCAGGCUUUGGCUCCUCAGCAAACCACCUUACAUUGCCAGCCAUCAAACCUCAGCUGUGGCAUCUCAAGAGGCCCACUCAUAGCUCAGGAGACUAUUUCCCAGCCUCCCACAAGAAACUGGAGGAACACCCGGUGAGAUGUAAGCUGCUUGACCAGAGGGGAAGGAUGAAGAAGAUCCAACAUAUUUCCCAGAGCUGGAAUAGGAAAUAGCAGAAGAGAUAAAGAGGAAGGACACUUCUCACAGCCGGACAGAAGAUAGUGUGUAACCAUUGCACAGGCCACGCUAUGUUGUACAGCAGCUGCAAUUCUAGAUAAAGCAAGUGUAUGAUUUAGCUAAGCAAUAUAAUGGACAUUUUGCUAGAAAUGUUCUCAGUAGCCUCAUUAUUAUGGCAGCAGACACCCACUUAGUACUAAAUCAUUGGGCUGUUACCUUAAAAGAAGUGAUUGUAUACCACUAUCUCAAAUUGAGGAAGCCAAUGCUUUCCUAGAUUGUUGGGUUCCUUACAGCGUUCACAAUGUGACCUUCUGCCUACCACAGGUAAGACAACUCCUGUUUCCAACAACAUGGGAGUACAGAGCUCAGUACUGGCUGUACUGAGAAGAAAUGUCCUAAAUGUCACAGUGUGAUGGGUGUUCGAGAGGUUGAAGGUAGGAGGCUGAAGUACAAAUAAUCCUCUUGCUUCACUCACUGGAAAAAGAAGAGACAGCGCAGCAUUGAAACUGUUCUUUGCACAAACCAUGCUGAAUGUUAAAUAACACUGAU